AUGGACGCCUCCCCGCCCCGCCCGUGCCGCCCGUGGCCGCGCCGCCCGCCCCGCCGCCCGUGGCCGCGCCGCCGCCCCGCCGCCCGCCUCGGCCCGCCGCCCGCCCCGGCGCCCGUCGCUCCCGCCCCCACCCCCGCACCGCCGCCCACCCGCACGUCGCCGCCGUCGGCGCGAAGCGGCGGCGUGCGGGGCAUCACCUCGUGCCGGCCGUCGGCCCCGCACCGGCCGUCGCUCCCGCCCCCGCCCCGCCGCGGCCGCACCACCCGCACCUCCCCGGAAACGGACGAAGGUGUCCUCCGGUGGUCCUCGUGCUGCCAAGGCCAAGGCGGCCUCCUCCCCGGCGCCGAGGAAGGCCGUGGCCAAGAGGAGGGCAACGGCGAGCUGCCCGCCCCGGCCGCCGUGCCGCCCGCCCCGGAGGUGCCGCCCGCCCCGGCCGCCGUGCCGCCCGCCCCGGCCGCCGUGUCCUUCAUGGACAUGCUCAAUGAGGUGGAGGUGGACAUCAACGCUCACAUCGAGAAGAUUGCCGGCUUGAGGUACAAGGAGAUGGCCGGCUCCAAGGGCAAAGAAUUCCCAUUCAAGCAUGUUUGGUCAAUUCUUCAAACAUAUGACAAGUGGAAGUUGAGAGAUGAUGAAACCGCACCGAAGAAGUCCGCAAUGCUUGACAUGGAUGAUCCGGAAGUUGAGGAGAGGAACUUGAACAAGCCCGAGGGAACCAAGAAGGCCAAGCUUAGGGUGAAGAUGGAAGGAGAGGCGGCUAGCCUAAGGGAGAAGAUGGAUCAUAUGAUGAAGGCAAGAGAGGCUUUGGCAACCAAGACGUUGGAGACAAAGCUUCUCAUCACCGAGCAAAAGAAGGUGGUCAAGCUUGCACACAUUGAAGCAAAGCGUGAGGAGGCAGCCCGCAAGGCCGACUUGGAGGAGAGGAUGCUCAAGGUGAAAGAAGCAAAGGUAUGGAAAGAACUCAUGGUGGAAGAGAAGGAGCACAUGAUGAUGUGCAAGAAAGACAUGGAUGAAGAGCAAUUGCAAUGGUGGAAGGAGUACAAGGAGGACAUCGCCGAGAGGAAGAGGAUGUUUUUCAACCUGUAA